GUUGCUAUGGCAACGCUGCGGCCACAACACGCGCACUUUGCAAAUUCACAGAAAAUGGAUGUACUCUCGCACUAUAGUUCGCCCGUGGUCGAAUUUGUGGCCACACAGCCUCUGGAAAAACAGCACGCACUGGUGGACAACUGCACGGGCACAGAUCCGCCGCCACCAAGUGCUGAUGCCAGCACUGCGACACAGGAACAGCAGCAUGCGGCCACUCAAACAGAACAACGCGUGGCCAGCAGCGAAAACGUCGAAUACGAUGAGCGGGCGCUGGCCAAGUGGCUGCGCCAUAUAUGUCCCAUGGUGGAGCAGGAGCUGAUGAACCCCACGCCCCUGAUGGAUGAGCAGACGAUUAGCCAGACAGCGCUGGAGGAAGAGCAGAAGGUGUACACUUACCAGAAGAUUGCCCUGGGCGGCAUGGAGAACUCGCAGGGGCUGGCGAUUUGGCUGUGUGUCCACACAAACAAUGCGCCCGUGCUGGUGGUCACAACGGUGGCACCCCACGACGACUGGUGCGAGCAUGUGGACCAGCAGCUGAAGCUAUUCGUGCCACAGCGAAUGUCCCAUGGCAACUUUGUGAUCUACACGGAGGUCAAGACACUGCCGUUGAAGUCCUGCCUGCGCAGCCUUUGCACGAAUCCCUUCAACAAGACCAUCUUCGCGGGAUCCACCAUGGAUGGGGAGCUGUUUGUCUGGCUGUACGAGCAGUCUCGUGGUGGCAGCGGUGACGCCAAUGUGGACAUCCAGCAGCUGUACAGCGUAUCCUCCGCGCAGGGUGCAGCCGUCGCCUUGGACUGGGUCACGGAAACGCUUCUGCUCGCCUGCUAUGCCAACGGAUCCGUUCGCCAGUGGGACCUCAGCAAGCAGAUGACCCUGGACUGGGAAUACUCUCUGCCCGCCACUGUUACCUCGGAGCUGACGGCCAUGGUGGCUCUGGGACUGGAUGACUUUGUUGUGGGCACCAACGAUGGCGGCAUCUACCGCUGCUGGAGCACUGCUCGCCAGGCUGCAACCACAAAAAAACAGCUGCAGCUUCUGCCUUUACGUCGACAUCGGUUCAUGGUCUCAACGCUGCUAAAGACGGAAAUGGGAGGCCAGCAAUUCAUUCUCAGCUGUGACCUCAGCGGACAGGCGUUCUACCAUGACAUGCGACAUGCAGACGAGGACAUGGCUCAGUUGAUUGUGCAGAUACCAUUGCCCUUCAAAAACGUCGUCGCCUGCAGCCGGGAUGGGAACAUCAUCUACUGCCCCGCCAGCGAUGGGGCUCUGGAAUACUACAGGGUCAGCGAUGGUGCGCAUGCGUAUGUCAAGGGCGCAUUGCGUGGCAAAGGAAGCCUAAUCCGGAGCAGCGACAAUGGCUGCUGGUUGAUCACGGGCCUCUACGGCGACGAGUUUCAGUUAUUCUACGUGGAGCAUUGAAAGAGACUGUGUCGGUCUUGAUAUAAUCGCUUGUAUUUGCAUGACUGCUUAAGUUAGUGUACGGGUUAAUCUUGC